GUUUACUUUUUCUUUUCUUUUGUUUUUUAGUAUACUUUCAACUCCCAACUUUAGCUCCUUAAAAUCUCUAUAUAUUACGGUUUGUUCAAGGAAUCUUUUGAAAUAGAAAACAACCACUUAAUUUGCUACUUCUUGUCAACCUUCUUGAAACUAAAUUUCUUUUCUCUCUAUUUCUCUUGCGGGGCGAAUGUUUAGUGCAUCAGACUGUCUGUCGAUAUUUAAACUUGUCAUUUUAUAUAUAGUAGUAAGUAUUUGUUAGUACUAUUAUAUAAAAUUAGCUUCUUCUUUUUUUUUUGUGUUUCAUGUGUAUAUUCAAGGUGGCGAAUUAUAGAAAGAAAGGGAAUUAUAAGGCAAUUAUAAGAGAUGAUGAAGAAGAAGAAAGUGGGAUUAAUAAUAAUAAUAUUAAUGUGAUGUUUUCUGGGAAUAUUAAUAGAGAAGAAGAGAUGUCUGUGAUGGUUACUGCACUGACACGUGUCAUUACUGGUGAAGAUAGAAUAUUAAAUCAAGAAAAUAAUAAUCAUAAUAAUAUUAUUGGUUCUUCAUCUUUGAAUGAAUUUUCUGGAGGUGUUGGAGAAAAAAGAGGACGUGAAGAGCAGCAAUAUUUCUUGUCUGAUAUUAUUAGUUCAUCAAAAGUUGGUGAAGAUUCAAGCAUUAAUAGAACUAUUGCAAGCAACACACCAACAACAGAAGCAACAUUCAUAUACACUAGUCCAACAUAUGAUCAUAAUAACAACACCAAUAUUAUUGAUUGUAAUCAACCAAGAAGAAGAUAUAGAGGAGUGAGACAAAGGCCAUGGGGAAAAUGGGCUGCUGAAAUUAGAGAUCCAUACAAAGCUGCUAGGGUUUGGCUAGGAACAUUCGAUACUGCUGAAGAUGCUGCUAGAGCUUAUGAUGAAACUGCUCUUAAAUUUAGAGGUAGCAAAGCCAAACUCAACUUCCCUGAGAAUGUUAGGCUCUUGCCUACUUCUUCAAUCGCGAGUCAGAACGUCGUUGGUAAUCAGGGAUUUUCAAUGGAAAAACAGUCUCUGACAAACACAUUUCCCUCAAACUCCGUGGAAAGUAACUUGGAAUUUUUGACGGAGAAAAAAGUUCUGACAAGCACAUUUCCCGUAGAAAAUAAUAUGGUAUUUUCAAGAGAAAGACAGUUUCUGACGGACACAUUUCCCACGGAAUAUGUACCUGUUUCUAGUAUUAUUUCUCCUAAUACUCCUCCAAAUACUCUUUCAACAAUCUCUUUUUUCCCUAAUAGUAAUCCAAUAGCUCACACUCAGUUAUCUAAUAGCAAUAGUGAAAUAAACACUCAAUAUUUCUUGAAUGGUGAUUUUCAAAGGGGCAAUUCAUCUCUAAGUUUGUUAAACCAAUCCAUGUUUUCUACUACAUUCCAGUAUUCUUCUUCUUCUCCAUCAUCGUCUUCUUCUUCUCGAGUUCCUUUUGUUCCGAGUAUGUAUAUUUCAGGUUCUCAACCUAUUAGCCAGAGUAGUGAAAAUGAUUUUCGGGCUACUUCGUCAGAUUCAGCUCAUCACCCUCCUUCAAAAUGAUCUAGUAGAAGUGACUAGUUAGGGUUUUAUGUUUAUCACAUAAAUGUGAUAUACGAAAGGAUUGUGGCAUAAUGACCAGUGUAGGUGGACAAAGUCCCCUUUUUCUGUUUUGGUGAUAUUGUUGUGGAAGAUUAUAAAAUGAGAGGUAUUUUUGGAAA